GGCAGCCCUAAUGACAACCCGAACCGGAGACUCCUGCUGAAAUCUCCUAAAGGGACUCUAUUGAGCCAGACGUCAUCAUGCCGCUUGUUAAGAGGAACAUCGAGCCGCGUCACCUCUGCAGAGGGCCACUGCCAGAGGGGAUUGGCAGUGAGCUGGACUGUGUCACCAACAACAACCUCUCAGCCAUCAUCCGCCAGCUCAGCAGUUUGAGCAAACAUGCUGAGGACAUCUUCGGAGAACUUUUCAAUGAGGCCAACACCUUUCACUUGCGGGCCAACUCGUUGCAGGACCGUAUUGACAGGCUGGCUGUCAAGGUCACCCAGCUGGACUCUACAGUAGAGGAGGUUUCAUUGCAGGACAUAAACAUGCGAAAAGCAUUUAAAAGCGCUACUGUUCAAGACCAGCAGGUUGUAUCCAAGGGCUCCAUACCUAACCCAGUACAGGAGAUCUACAACGUCAGUGACAAACCACCACCCCUAAACAUCCUCUCACCCUACAGGGAUGACCACAGGGAAGGGAUGGAGUUUUACACUGACCCUUCAUACUUCUUCCAACUGUGGAAGGAAAAAAUGUUGCAGGAUACUGAGGACAAGAGGAAGGAGAAGAGGAGACAGAAGGAGCAGAGGCGGAGCACGGACGGCACACUCCAGCGCGAGGUGAGGAAAGUGAGGAAGGCUCGGAACCGUCGGCAGGAGUGGAACAUGAUGGCGUUUGACAAGGAGCUGCGCCCAGAUAAUCGGCACGCUCAUACCCUCCACCGGGGGAUGUCAUCUGAGGGGUCCCUGUCUCCAGAAAACAGAUCGCAUGGGGUGGACAAGCCAAACUAUUCCCAAACACUCCCACGCAAUCCCCACGCACGUUCAGCCUCUCACUCUUACAUGCCGGCGGAUGGUCACUCCAGGGUCCAGGAGCAUGAGUACCACAGCAUUGCCAUUGGACACAGGGGACGCACGUCUAGCCGUCACAAUCAGCCUCUGCCCUUGCCCCCUUCAGCCGAGGGAAUGAAUGGCAUCAUGCCACUCCCUCCAGCAGACUAUAGUGUGUCAGCAGCUCAGAUGAUGGAGUGCUCCGGUCGCUCCAAGCCGCUGCCACCUCCCCCUGCCCCAAUCAUUCCAUCUGCGCAGACCGCCUUUGCCACACCCCUGGGAGGCCCUACUCCAGCCACACCCUACACAGAGCCAAUGGCUAUGGGCGGUGACUGCCCCCUCCCUCCCCCACCACCUCCUGAAUUUCUGGGAGGUCCAGCUCCCCCAGGACCCCCACCGCUCCCCCCUGCCCCCUCUGCUCGGCCCAAUGAGGACAAGAGGCAGGAGGCCCAGCCUGUGAGUGACGCGCGCAGCGACCUGCUCUCUGCCAUCCGCAUGGGGAUUCAGCUAAAGAAAGUUCAGGAACAGCAGGAGCUGCAGGCAAAACGGGAGCCCAUGGGGAACGAUGUGGCCACCAUCCUGUCUCGCCGAAUUGCAGUCGAGUAUAGCGAUUCUGGUGAUGACUCUGAACUGGAUUACAAUGACUGGUCUGACUGAAUCUUCUCUAUAAUAGAUGGAUGGUAUAAGACACCUUCCCCCAUUACGCACAUACUGGCCCCAGUAACUCCCAGAUACACCUUUCCUUCACAAUGUGACCUGCACAUUAUUUCACAUUUUUUCAGUUAGACAGUAGUGAAUUGUGAACACUGUGACCAGUAGGGAGAAAGGGGCUUAACUUGAACCACGACUGUAAAUAUUUUGCUGUACAACUGGAAAAUGUGUAAAAUCACCCUGGUUAAAUGCAUCCAACACAAAAAGAAAUGUCAUGUUCAUGUUGAAGAUAGGAAAUUAGAUGUAAACACAGUAUGAAUAUAAUGUUGACGACUGGCAGAAGUAAAUGUUGAAGAAAGGGACAGCAAUACUAACUACGAGGCAGUAGUAUUAAUGAUACGAGUAGAGGGAAAUAAUUUGAAUAGUUUUUAGCUGGCUGUCAUGUCAGCCAUUAUGCCUUUUUUGAUUGGCUGUGGGACCUUAGUGGAGAUCAGGGUUAGGAUUCAGGCUGCUGCUCUGUCAGAAUAAGGAUCAGGGGGUCAGUUACCUUGACGUUGUUGAUAAGGGAUGUUGGUCUGGGUGAACACUGAAUAAACCAAGACUACCCUUUCACAUUAGUGUGGUUAUACAAAGACAAUGGUCAUACUUAUACCCAAUGAGAUAAAUUGUUCAUUUAUUCAUGCUUAGUUUUGUUUUAUUUUACGUUUAUGUUACUGUAUGGUGUAGUGGUAACUGGGCUUGAAUUCCCAGGUGGGGUAGUGUUGUUGCCCCUUUGAAUAAAGUAGCCUGAAUGACUUCAGUGAAUAUCCAAUUGUAUGAAUGGAUUUGUAACACCUGCCCUGGAUAAAGAAAUAAAGCAUACUAACACACCCA